AAACUUAUCGUUACCUUGGUAUCAAAACACUAGCUGGUGGUGAACUGUAUGAAAGGUUAAGAGAAAAGAGAGAGAAAACAAGAGAAAGAAUGAAGGCAUCACUUGAUUUAAUAACAAAGAAUAACAAGUCAAUUGCUUUAACAGAACAGCAGAAUGCUACUAUAUCAUGUACUAAUACUGAACUACAAGGACAACAAGCAAUGUGUAGUACUGGUAAAACAAAAUACUCAUUAACUCCAUUAAACAUUACAUACUCACCCGGUGUGGAGCAACUGGAUCAUGAAGAGAAACAAAUAUGUUCAGUCCAUCGUAUAUUACCUGAUGUAUAUUUACACUGUAAAGGAGUAAUGAUUGCUGAGAGUAGGAAAUGUGGAGGGAAGCUACGUCUGAUGGAUGCUAGGAAGUUGUGUCGUAUUGAUGUAAAUAAAACUAGAAAGAUAUAUAAUCAUCUUGUGUCUAAAAAACUUGUACAACAACAUUAAUGCAUGUAUUUAUCA